AUGCAGGCCAACGGUUUUUCACAACACAAUGGGACUAAUGAUAUCCACGGUAUAGAGUUAUUCAACACAUUGCAGAGGAACCCGCUGACUGCUGCGGGUAGAGAGAUAAAUAUCAACGGGAUACUAUAUGGUCCGAGCAAGAGGCCCCUUUCAAAAACAGAUGAAGACAUUGUUCGCCUGAUAGGGCAACACUUGCGAGAUCUAGGAUUCCAUCGAACAGCAGAACAGUUGACCACAGAGUCUGGGUGUGCUCUAGAACAUCCAACAGCUGCUAGAUUUCGGAUCCAUGUUAUGACUGGUGAAUAUGAGAAGGCUGAACAGGAUCUGUAUUCACUGGAGGGAUUAGUGAAAAAAGGAAAAGAAGACAUCAUUAAAAUGAAGUUUUUGCUGCUGGAGCAAAAGUACCUAGAGACGUUGGAGGCUGGCUAUCCAAUGAGAGCUCUUCAGUGCCUGAGAUCUGAACUCACACCCUUGAAGUACAACACUGAGAGAGUUCAUGUACUUAGCAC